AUUUGAAGAAAUAAUCUCGGUUAAUGUUUUUUUCAUGAGCGAAACUUCCGACGCUGUCGUAUCGACUAUUCUCUCGACCCCGUCGACCAAGGCAUUGAAUCUUUCUAGAAACAAAAGCGUUUUAAAGAGCUGCGUCGAUCGCCGUUGAAUUAUCAACAAAGUUGAGCUUUUCUGAAGGCGCCGCGGAAUACAGGUAUUUUGAUAAGAUGCGGUACACCUCAUGUUAUUGGACUGUCUUCGUCGUAUUGAUUGGGCUAUGGAUGGGCGAGGCUCAAGAAUGUGGUCGGCCAAUAAUGACGAACAGGAUAGUUGGAGGUUCUUCUGCGUCAGAAGGUGCUUGGCCUUGGCAGGUGGAUAUUCAGACUGACAGUCAAGGACAUGUGUGUGGAGGAACUAUCAUCGCGGAGAACUGGGUCUUGUCUGCUGCACAUUGUUUUCCCAACCCUAAAGACAUCUCUUCCUACAUGAUUUAUGCGGGCCGACAGCAGUUGAAUGGCUGGAAUUCGGACCUGACGAGCCAUAGGAUCCGUCGCGUGGUGGUUCCACUGGGUUACACAGACCCUCGGUUAGGUCAGGAUAUUGCUCUAGUAGAGCUAGCCACACCUGUUGUGUGGUCUGACCGUAUUCAGCCUGUCUGCUUGCCAUAUGCCAGUGCGGAGUUUAACAGCGACAUGAAGUGCAUGAUCACUGGAUGGGGUGACAUCAGAGAUGGAGUUGCUCUACAGGGGGUCGGGCCAUUGCAGGAAGUCCAAGUGCCAAUCAUUGACUCCAAGACUUGUCAGGAUAUGUUUCUGAUAAAACCCACAGAAAAUAUUGACAUCCGCUUUGACAUGAUAUGUGCUGGCUUCCAAGUAGGGGGCAAAGACUCCUGCCAGGGUGACUCCGGUGGCCCUCUGGUGUGUCAGAUCAGUGAUGGUAGUUGGGUCCAAGCUGGAAUUGUGAGCUUCGGUCUCGGCUGCGCUCAAGCAAACCGACCAGGAGUCUAUGCCAAAGUGUCCAGCUUUAGUGACUUCAUCCAAAACCAUGUUGGAGGAGUCCAGCUCAAGAGCGCGUCGAGUCACAACUGGGCUGACCGGGUCAUGGUGCUCAUCAGGACUCUAACUCUGCUGGUAUUGGUACAGCUCUUGAGAUAGACGCACAGAGAAGCAGAAAGCCCAGCCCAAAAUACCGUCCUACAUAAAGUGGGAUUACAAUGCCAUAAGAGGCUUUUUAAUCAUUUUUUAAACAACUUUAUAUUAUGUAGUUUCCUACUUUGUUUGUACCAAAGUUACACAAACAGACACACUGAAUGAUAUGAAAUGAGAGAAAAUUAUGGUUUUUUACCUCCUCACUUGAUUGUUAUAAUCAUGUUUUAACUAUCUGAAAUUUGUGCAAGUGUAAUGAUUAAACUGCAAAAAUGCAAUUUUUCAACUGAAACAACUCAUCCACAUAAAACAGAUGACAUAUUAAAAUAUAAAUGGACAAUUAAAUAUUGAGCCAGCCUUUUGCACAGUAAUUAUAAAUGUUAUUUACCUUUAUAUCAGGACAUGUAAAUGUUUUAGCUCUUGAACAAUUAAAUGUUUAAAAAUGUAAUACUUUUUUUAGAGUCAGCCAGUUGUCUUUUUUAUCUCUUGGUGACUGUUUCUCUUGAAAUAUUGUAAAUAAAACCUUGUAAUAAAGUGAUUUUUGUAUUUGA